AUGUAUAUCACAGGUAUCUGGCUGGAGGCGAUCUUGUAUGGUAUAAACUGCGUCUUAUUCAGCAUUUGUCUUUUCAUCCUUCAAGGCCACGACGGAGCAUCUCGAAAAACGCUCCUGUUUUCGAGCGUUAUUCAAUUUUCACUAGCUACAGCACAUGUCAUCGUAAGCUUGCUGGAGCUGAUGGCUGCAUUCGCAACUUCAGCCAGCGCUGCUAAUGACUACUUCACCAACCCUGGUGGCAACGAACUGUUCGUUGGCGGCUUCUUUGUAUAUAUCGUCAAUACGUUCGCUCAAGAACUACUCUUAAUUUGGAGAUUAUACGUGAUCUGGGAGCGCAACUUCAAGAUUUGUAUUAUACCUCUCAUUCUAUGGAUGCUUCACUGCAGUAUAGCGUCGAUCGCCGUUUCUGGCUUUAUACCCGCCACAGCCACAGCACUCUCACGCAAUGUCCAUUCGUACGGGCUCGCCGGGUGGGGUCUUGAGACUUGUGUCAAUUUUCUUGCAUCAGGCGGCAUAGCCUAUCGUUUAUGGCACGCGGGACGCCGCACGGCCAUUCUCACUGGACGACUCAACUAUAAGGCUAGCUUCCUCAUCGUCAUUGAAUGUGGGGCCCUGAUCACCACAUGUACCGCAGUCAUGUUCGCCCUCUAUGCAGCAGGCAAACCAGAGGGACUCGUUGGGGUCGGAGCAGCUACUCAAAUCGCGACUAUCUCACCGUUACUAAUCAUUGCGCGGGUGGGAUUCGCUAUGUCCAAGAGAAAGACGAUUUCGGCAGCGGCUACCCUUUCUGCCUUCCCGAGUCCCUUACAAGUUAAUGUUGCCAGGACAUUGGAUACAUACGAGGAUUACCCACUGGGUGAUAUUUCCGGAGCUGGGGGACGUGGACUGCGGAACAGGGAGGAAACGAAGAUAAUGAUUGCAGCUUGA